AUGAAGUUUGGAGAAGUAUUCAAAGAGUAUUUGCAAAGAGAACAGGAGCAAUUGAACAAAUGUUCACAUGUGGAGUACAAACGGCUGAAGAAAGUGCUAAAAAGCUGCCGCAUUUGUCGAGCAUGCAGUGACAAAGGAGACGAAAGUACCUCUCCCUCAGAAGCAUACGAAUAUGACUCUUGUCAAUGUAUGCUUUUUGUGAUGUCCCUGUCCUUAAAUAAUGUUUUUGAUGUUCAAUGUUUCCUGUCAAAAAUUAUUGCAUGCUUUCUUUGGUAUCUUUCUAUUGAUGGUUAGAACUUCCAUCCAGAAUGGGAGAUAAAUCUCAUGAAUUCAGUUAAUUAGAUCCGUAAUCCUUUCUGAUUUUCACAUUUAUAUUUGCAUGAAAAUCAUUUUAGUUCAUUGUUUCCUUGCUAGGUGAAUGUAAAAUUAAUAUAGAGCCUCAGAUGUAGUUUCUUCAUGUUAUAGCUUGCAGUUCCAUGUACUAUAGUGGAAUUGUUCCAUUUUCAAUUUCUUCUAUCAUUGAAAUAAAAUUAUUUCUAAAAUUUUUCUUCAAACUUAUUUCCAAUAUCCUCUCACUUAUUUCUGGUCCAAGAACAUGCCAUUCUUUAUGUAAGGAGAUAAAAUAUGAAGAAAUAUACGAAAAUAAUAUUUCUGCUUAAUGAUACCUUUCGUUUAAUGUAAAUGGGAAAAACGAGAAGUGUAUGGAAUACCCUUUCAACGUGAUGAUGAUUUGACAUCAGAUUUAAUCUUUUACGAUGAUAAAAGGCUUGUGAGAGUAAUAUUUCCACUUGAUAAUAUUUUAAUUCUUGGUCGGCAUAAUUCUCAGUUGUUUAGGAUUCAUUUCUCGAUUAAACUGAAGCAUUGUGGUAAAAUAUAUCAAUAAAAAAUCAGUCUUGAUAUUUGAUAUAUGAUUUUUUUUCAGAAUUACUAUUAUCAACUAUUAGGUGUGGAAAUUUUUAUUAUUUGAUUUGAAUGAACGCACUUUAACCUAUUACUUUCGCCUUGUUCAUGAGUUACCAUGUUUUUUUCCCAUAGAUUAUGGGCGUUUGUACUAAAUAAAUAUUUUAUCUUUUAGUGUGUGAUCAGAAGUUUUUUGAUGAACUGGCAAAAGAGGCAUCAGAAAUAUCUGGUUAUUUUACUUCAAGGGCUCGGCAUCUUGUCCAUCGUCAUGAUUCUCCCUCUCUACGGAGAUAUUUGUGGUGCCUACGGCAAUGUUUUGCAGAUAAGCAGCUGACCAUGUUUCAAGAAGGGAAGAUGCUAAUUGAUUACGUGACGAUAAAUGCUAUUGCUGUGCGAAAGAUACUCAAAAAAUAUGAUAAAGUACCUAAUGAACUUUUCUGACCCUCUCUCAGGAAAAUUCUGUUUCCAAGUAUCACUAACAUAUGUUCUAUAUCUGGUCCUUGCAGGUACAUUGCUCUGUUAAUGGUCGAAAGUUUAAGAUGAAAAUGCGAGCUCAGCAAAUAGAACCUUUGCAAUCACCUUGGUUGAUAGAGCUAGGGGCAUUGUGUAUGAAUUUUAAUGGAUCUAGCAUUGAUGGAUCUGGAAUGUUUUUCCAAGAGCUCUCUUGUGAUCUUAGUGAUACUGAGCCUAUUAUAAAGUUGAUCCUUUCUGAUUCUGUUGAGCUCAACUAUAGUCUCACAUGCGCCAUUUGCUUAGUAAGUACAUUUAUAUCCAGAAAUGUGGUGAUGACACAAAAAAGAUUUGGUUUCAUAGAAGACGAACUUCUAUUUCCAUUUACUUCGAAAGAUAUGUUUUCUUUUAACUGUGUUUAGAGCUUCUCUUAGUUUCUUUUAUUACAGUUUUGCUAAAGUCUCCCAGCAAUGUUGGUGACUAACUACUGUUUUGUUUUUUAUUUUCGAUUCUUAGGAAAUAGUUUUCCAUCCUUUUGCCUUGGGCUGUGGGCAUCUUUUCUGUAAAGGGUGUGCCUGCUCUGCAGCCUCUUUGUUCUUUUUUGAAGACCUGAAAGCAGCAUCUCCAGAAGCUAAAUGCCCUGUAUGUAGAGCUGUAAGUACUUGCUCUCUGCAUUCAUGUAUUCUUCUUUAAUGGCUUUCUAAUUAUGUUCCUCUGGGAAAGUGAAUCAAAGGUUAGCAUAACUACAAUCAACCAUUGAGGCAUUUAAAUAUGUAAAACGGUUUCUUCAUGUUGUCUGUUUAGCAUGUCUGCCAAUAUUCAAUCUUUUUCAUCAUGUGGAAGAAUCUUUUGGAAGUACUUUUUUAAGAACAUGUGAAUUUUUUUUGCUUCCAAUUAUAGACUCUAAAUGCAUUCAUCGUCAUUGUACAUAAAGAUUAAUGGAAUAUUAUUGUCAAUUUGGUCAGUACCUCCUUUUAUUUGAAUAUAUUGUUUGAUAAAAUGUUCUAUGUUUCACUUCUCAAAAAGAAACCUUGUGUAACAAAUGAAAUUUGAUCAAAUUGAAACUAUUGAAUCUGCUUUCAUCGUAUUUACUAGUCCAUAUUUAUUUCUAAGCCCUUUGAGCGAGUCUGAACUUGCACUUCCGGAUCCUUUCUACAUUAACUUUUGUCGUGUCCCCAUCUUGUUUGUACUGCAUAAGCACUGCAACGGCAGACUUGGUUAGAAAACUCUAGAUAUUGAAACGUGUAUUCGAUUCAACAAUUGACCAGAACUGAGCAUAUGAGUAUUUCAAAUGAUAUCUCCACACAGUAUGUUCGUUGAUUCAACAUAUAUGAGUGCUACAACUCCUGGCCGUUCUUAGUCAGAAAUCUCUCUUUUAUUUUAAUCUGGGCACCAUUAAAUUAGCUUCCCUAAUAUCUGUUUAGUUGGUAGGAGCGAGUCUUCCACCGAAGCAAGCAAUUAAUGUAUCAUCUGUCAGCCUUCAGAAUGUGUUAAUUCGUCGGUGAAUCAUGUCCAAAAUGAAAAAUCCAUCAAUACAAAGAGGCAAUCAUAUGAUGACACAAGAUACAUAUAAGGGUUGUCAACCUCAACGUUACUACAGAGCUCACCUCAACUACCUACUAUGUUACUGUUAGGUUACCUAAGGUGCUAGCUAACCAAUCCUUUGCACCAUGAGUGAAUAUUUAGUCAAUAGUAAAAUUAAAAAUAAAUGGUAAGUGCGUUCAUAGCGUUGUAAAGAUUAACCAGAGUUUUAUUGUGCCAAAAUUUCUUUAGCUUGAACCAUAAACUUUAAACAGAUGAUAGACUAGAAGAACUUGAAAAUUUUGGCCAUUCAGUACUUAUCUAUUCCUUUUUAUAUCUUUGCUUCGAAGUGUAUGAUUAAUUAGAUUUAAAGGAUGGUUGGCUAUCAAAUUGAGAAAACCUUUGGUGGGUUGUUAUUAUUUUUUUUUCUUCUUACAAUAAAAAUCGGAGAAAUUUCAAGAUCUUCCCACGGGACAGGAAUAACAUCAAUCACAUAUAUUUAAACGUGGUCAAUCGAAGAUGUCUAUUUUUCUUGGUUUUAGAUGAUAAUUUGAAUUUGUUUGCUAUAAUUUGGAACUCACAGGUUGGUGUUACAGCUGUGUAUUGAAUCUUGAUUGUCGAUCAUAUGACCGAUAGAUUAUACAUUUAACAGAGUUUUAAACCGCUUAAUGGUCUCAAUUUCUUGUUUACUUAAAUGGCAAUAUCCUUUCUAUUUCAUUCUAACAAAUAAGAUUCAAAGAAUCUUUUCCCAAGAUAGUUUCCUUCUUCCUAUUAUUCCAACUUUUACGACAGGGUCAAAUUCCAUUUUGGAUACUUUGCCUUUGAGAAUCCUCUUCUAGGGAUGACUUUUUCUGGAUUUUGAAGUUUGCUGUGUUUUUCUUCUUCAUUUUUAUCGAUAUGGGUUUCCACUUUGCUUUUUUUUGAUCGAGCAUAGUGUAUGCAUCAUGUGAAAUAUGUUAGUAUGAAUUGAUCGAGCAUCAGGGAAAACCAAAUAUAACAUUUCUACAGUGUACUCUAAAGAUGGUGUAGACUGUAGAUCAUACCAUGAAGUCAACCCUUUCAAAAUUGAGGAACAAAGUUCUCCCUCCCCGAAUAGUAGGAAUGACCAUUCUUUCUACCGAGAAUCUUUGGUGCCUAAAAGUCUGACUUCAACCUUCUCUUCAGAUGGCCCAGGGAGUAGAAUCAGGACUACAUUGCCUAAAAAGCUCUCUCCUUUUCCAUAUCCUAGUUUAUUCAAAUGAAGCUGCAGCAGCUGCGGGGUCAGUGAUGAUGCCUCACAUUGUCCGAAAGCAGAGUGAGCCACCCACAUGUGACUAGUUCCCUGAAAAGUGACUGCCAUCUGCAGCGACGUUCGGCUCAAUUGAAAGGUUCUAGGACUAUCAAAAGCCUUGGUCUUACCCCAGAUAUCAUUAGCUACAGUGUGUGCAUUACCUUGUUGGGUCCAAUAGUAUUUAAAUCUCAUCACACUUUGUGACAUCGUAAUAUGCUCAUCAACUUCAGGCCAUCAUUUUUCAUUUAUUUGAGGGUAACAAUUUCUAGGAGUUGAAGUACGAAAUAUGAAAGAAAACAAAAAAUUUCACCGUCUUGUACUAAAAAUGGAAUCAUUUAUAGGCAUGCAUUCACUGAUGGUAUCUUCACUUGGUUUCUUGGUUAAAUCAUAGACAAGGUCUUACCUUUUUCAAACUUUUCAAGUCCCUUUUGCAUUUCUGCGCCAAAUUCUUCCAUAAUUCAUAAGUUUCUGUCUCAUUCCGAUGGCAUACUUUUGCCUAUGACACGUUGAGGCUUGAGAAAUCAAAAUCCAAAUUUCAUUUGAGGUCCCUUUCGAAUCAUAAUUUCCACCCCCAACCCUCAUAUUUCAUCAAAAAAUUAAAGCCUAAGAGAAACUUUGUUCUCUACGAACCCCUCUAGAGUUAUUCCCCCCCCCCCCAAAAAAACACAUUCUUUCCUAGAUUCAUUCUAAACUUAUUGUGGGCCUUGAGAAAAUCUCCAUUAAUUCCCUUUACGGCUCCCCAUAACCCCCCUAACAACAAAAAAAAUCUAAGAAAAGUCAGCUCAUCCCAUUCUUAAGCCUCAAGCUGCCUCCAUCUGACACGUACUUCAAGCAGGAUUUCCCUAUUUGACUUAUACACUUCCCCUGCUACGUCUAAGUCAAUCAUGACCCAAGCCGGACUCCACUAGGGUUACUAUACAUUCUGUCAAAUCUGUCCAUGCUCCAAAACGUGGCUUCUUUGGUAUAAAUAGAAAGUGGGCAGGAACCAGGGGAGAAUGGAUGUAAGAGGGAGCUUUCUCCCUACGGAUCAGUUCCAUGUAAUUUGCCAUUUAUAGUAUCCGCUCUGCAGUAAUGGAGGCAGCAUCCUGCAGCGAGGAUUAAUCAGCCCGCUUCUUCAUGCAGGUGGGAGUGUAUGCUAAUGCAAUCCACAUGGUCGAGGUUGACCUGUUAUUGAAGAAAAGGUAUACCUCAAAUCUGUGGCGUUGACUUUGAGGGCCUUCAGCUCUCUGAACCUCCCUGAAACCUGCAUCUUUUUCUGUCGUCCCCAGAUGCCCAGACUACUGGAAGGAAAGGAAGAACGCAGAACGAGCCGAGCUGGUGAAGCAGUCCAAAGAGUAUUGGAAUAUGCAGACGAAAUACAUGAUUGGCUACUAUUGA